AUGGAUUUGUAUAAGAAUCCAACGAAGCUGGACUACUACGAUGACAUGUGGAGCCUCCAAUGUACUGCCACGCUAUUAUCUCACUUCAAGGGUGAUGAUGGUAGACAUGUUUUGAUAUUGGAUCAUACAAUAUUCUAUCCGCAAGGAGGUGGUCAACCCGCGGAUACUGGCUUUGUACUCAUUCAUGGCUUAGAAAACAAAUUUCUGGUUUCUGAUGUUCGAUCCAAAGAUGGAAUUGUUUUUCACUAUGGUUUCUUUGAGAAUGUGGGAGGGGAAUUUGAGCCUACGCUCGAGAAAGGGAAGGAGGUUUCCCUGUUUGUUGAUCAGCUUAGACGAAAACUGAACUCCAGAUUGCAUUCAGCAGGACAUUUGCUUGAUAUUUGUCUGCCAAGAGUAGGAUUGGGUCACUUAGAGCCUGGCAAAGCCUACCAUUUUUCUGAUGGGCCUUGGGUUGAAUAUAAAGGUACAAUUCCACAAAAUGAAAUGCAGAGUAAGCAAAAGGAUUUAGAGCUGGAGGCCAAUGCAUUAAUUUCCAUGGGAGAAAAAAUUUCUGUUGAUAUAUUACCAUACGAUGAAGCUGCUAAGAUUUGCGGAGGGAGUCUUCCUGAUUAUGUUCCUAAGGAAAGCACACCUCGCAUUGUGAGGAUAGGAGAUAAUCCUGGCUGCCCCUGUGGUGGUACUCAUGUUGCUGACAUUUCGGACAUCAUACAAAUUAAGACUUUGCUCUUUGUUUCUCAAAUUCGCUCGAAGAAGGGGUUGACAAAAGUUUCUUAUAAAGUAGAAUCCUAG